AUGGAGGUGUUGGUCGCUGCCCCGGACUCUGAGGCCCAGCCUGUGGAGUGUUUGGAGUCUUCGUCGCCUCCGGCGGCGUCACCUCCGCCGGCUAGACCUCGACCCAGUUAUGGCCCUAGCAACUCGGCUAGGCGUGCAAACCGGCACCGACAAACAUCUCCACAGGAGCUGUCCCCCAGUGCGAGCCCUUCGAGGCCCAGCACAGCACCUACGCCUGAACUCAAGAAUCUCCUGACUUCCACGCCACGGUCAAACCGUCAGGCCUGCCCAAGUCAGUGUGAGAAGGGGCCCGUGUCACCAGUUACACGGUCCCGUGUUCAGGAUCAUUCACCGACCAAAAACUUGCUCAGCACUCCGAGCACACUGACUGCGAGCGCCAAGUCCUUGACUCCGAAGACUACGGUUCCUCGAGAUUAUGCGCGUGCCCGCUCGCAAAGUACACCAAAAAGGAAGGGGGACACCUACGACUUGGCACGCUUCACAGAUGCUCAAAAGGAGAAUGACACCUUUGACCGGGCCCUCAAAGAGAUCCAAGCGGGGCGCAAGACGAGCUGCUGGAUGUGGUUCGUGAUCCCUUCGCCCCCGCACAUGAAGAACAACAUUGAGCACGGGAGCAGCCUCAACCGCAAGUAUGCCAUCAGGUCCGAUGAGGAAGGCCGGGCUUGGCUGAACUACGAGGCGGACGGUGUGGAUCUCCGCGCGAACUAUUUCGCAAUCCUUCAAGCUCUCUGUGAGCAUUUAGUGGCUGGCAAGGCGGCACGGUCGGUGAUCGGCAGUUUUGACGAGCCCAAGCUUGCGAGCUCAGUUCUAUUCUUUGAGAAGCUAACUCGCAACGAAGACAACGAGCUGAAUACCUUGCUCGUGAAGAUCGCAGGCCUCAUGGAGCUGCAGAUGCUGCCCUGA